AUGAUAACAUUAUGCAAUGGUAAGCAAUACUUACUGUACAACGGCUACACGUACAACACAAUUGGGACCAUAUCGAAAUCUGGACACAACCGCUACAGGUGUAUAGGACAGUCUAAGUCAAAAAGGUGCAACUCCUACCUGAACGUUGAUUCAGAGUUCCACGUACACUACGAGUCUGAAGCCAGACACAAUCAUAUGCCGCCAUCGUUUAAACAGAUCAAUGGUAUCUACGUCAAAGUGCCUAAUUGA